UUUUCCACCAUUAAUGAUUUGAGAGAAGAAUAUUUUCAGAAUUUCUUUUUUUGAUAUUUUUGUUUUAAAUAUCAUCCUAUGUAUUCUCAUUUUUAAUUUAAACAACUAUAAUCUAAUUGUCACAAGUUAUGUGUUUUUGUUUAGUUAAUGUGUAAUACUAAAGAGUUGUGGGUCGUCAAUUAUAAUACUAUUAUACGAUUAUUGGUUGUUAAACAUUUAUCAACUAUCAAAGAAUGGAAUUCACGUAAAGCUAUUCAUUUAAUUUUCAACUUUUAGAGGAACAAGGAAGGAUACGAGUUUUAAUUCGCGGAGAACAAAAGAAAUAUAGUUUAUGGAAUGGAGUCUAAUAGUAACUAUAAAUAUGGGAUCAAAUCCACUUUUUCACAAUGUUUAGCGUUAGUCGGAGCUGGAUUCUUACAAGUCGGAGUCGGCACAGAGCUGAUUUGUUCGACAGUCAUCAUCGGAGCAUUAUCAGACCGUUCAAAUGAAAAUGAAUGGCUAACCAUGACCAAUGAGCAGACCUCUUGGUUUGGAAGUCUCUUGUACCUGUGCACGCCCCUGGGCAGCCUGAUCUCGUCUCUGGUGCUGGAUCGGCUAGGCCAUAAGAACUGCAUGAUAAUCACCAACAUACCGUACUUGGUGUCUCAGAUCAUGUUCUUCUAUGCCGAAAACGUGGAGACCAUGUACGCGUGCUCGAUAAUGAUGGGUCUGAGCGUUGGAUUCUCUGGCGGCCCGUUUUCCGCAUACAUAGGCGAAGUGUGUGAACCAAAACUCAGGGGCGCCCUUAUGUCUGCCACGAACGUGUUCUUCUUCAGCGGUUCGCUGCUGUUCGCCACCAUCUACGCCAUCACCAGACAGUGGAGGUUGACCGUACUCAUCAACAUGGCGAUACCGAUCAUAACUAUUGCGAUUUUGUGCAUGAGUCCGGAUUCUCCGAUGUGGUUACUGUCCAAGGGCAAGAACGAAAAAGCGCAACGGACGCUUGGCAAGUUACGGGGAUGGGUGACACACGAUAAGUGUUCAAACGAAUUUCACGAAAUGGUAGUGUUCAUGUCUGCAAAUAAAAACUCGUCGAACGAUAAAAACGGCAAAAAUGAUUCGGAAAGUUCUUGGAAACAACUGCUUCAGCCGGACGUGCUCAAACCUUUUCGUCUACUGCUGAUAUACUUUUUCUUUUCGAACUUGUUAUCCGGAGUGCCAUUCUCGCCGUAUCUAGUGGAAGUAUUUAGGACAUUUGGCGCCAACGUCGACGUCCAAUGGACGGUAGCGUUUUCGUUGUGCAUAGCCAUAGUUGGAGGCAUAUUGACUGUUUUAUUAGUGAACAGACUUGGAAAACGAUUCCUCACUUUAACGACGUUGUCCAUUUGUUCUAUUUGUUACAUAUCAAUCGGAUUGAUUGGCGUCUAUUGGACGAAUUCAGAACAAAUAAAAUCUUGGUUAUUAUUAACAUGUUUCCUCAUUAGUACGUUCGUGGCAUCAUUUGGCAUAAUGCCUAUCGGAUGGAUACUUCUUACUGAAAUAUUCCCCAUGAAGAGUAGAAACAUAACCUGUAGCAUUUGUUCGACGCUGUCUUUCAUUCUCAGUUUUUUCAUGACCAAGUAUUAUCCGGAUGUCGUCGAUUUAGUGGAUUUCUACAAUACAUUUACUAUAUUCGGAUUCGGAGGUUUGAUCGGUUGUGUGUAUUUCUAUUUUUGUCUACCUGAAACUGAAAACAAGACAUUGCAAGAAAUAUCGGAAUUUUUCAAAUAAACUAAAAAAAAUUUACUUUUGAGUAAAAAUGUAUUGUACGCGACAACCGUAAUAAUAGUAUAUAUACAUAUGUAUAUAUGUAUAUAAGUAUUUAAAUUUAGGUUUCAAAUCUAAUUAUGUGUAUCGGUGCAUCAUGUAUUUAUGUAGGUAUGUAAAUAAUGAAAACAUAAAUAGUUAUUAACCAUCUAAGAAUAACAUAAUACAUAUUUUGCCAAGUGUUUGUAGUUUGUGCACUUUUCGUUCAUAUGCAGUUUAUAAUAUUAUAAACUCGAUAUAUUUUGUACAUAAUAGUUUGAACUAUUAGAUAUUCUAUGUUUUUUUUUUUUAAUGUAAAUAAAAUAAUUAAAUUAUAGUACCAUUAGAUUUUUCUAAUAAUUGUUCCUUGAUAUUGUUAUAUAUUAUUAUCUUAUAUAUUUUUAUUCGGUAUAUUAUUUUAAAAUUAAAAUAUUCAAAGACACAAUCUAGAAAUAUUUUAUUUUGUUAUACUAAUUGAAAUACCUCGGUUUUGUAUGAACGGACUUUUAACUUUUCUCAAUUUGUUCUGGAUAAUAUAAUUUGAAAAAUAUUAUUCAAAUAUUUUUUUUCUAAUUUAAAAUAUUUGUUUGAAUAACAACCAAUAAAACAAUAUUGUACGGUACCUAUACCAAACAAGGCAUGGGUAGUAUAAAGCAGAACAUUUUCAGCAAAAAUUAAAACUCUUUCGUUCAGAGCCCAAGUAAUAUAAUAUAUUUAUUAAUUAUUAUUAAAAAUAUUUGUAAUUACAAUGUUAUCUUAUUUUAGUUGUGAUACACAAGGCUGGUCAUUGACGAGUUAAAAAGUUAAAGUUAAGUUAAAAAGUUGAUUUUAUUUUAACUUUUUAACUUAACUAGUUACUUUUGGCUUUUCAUUAACUUGACUGUUAACUUACUAAAUUUCUUUCCUAAUUAACGUGAAAUUAACGAGUUAGUUUUUAAUUUUAAGAAGUAAGUUAAGUUAUUUUAUUUUGUUUUGAAUUUUAUUAUAUUUCACUAUUUCAGUCUAUUUUGUUUUCAUAUCAAAAAAUAUGUAUCGUAAAUUGUUUAAAGUUAAAAAUUUAAAUCAUUCGAAUCUAACUUAAAUGAAAAUACUGUAUGAAGUAUAAACACUAUAUCCUAUAGUUUAGUUUUGGAUUGGAAAAAAUUAAGUACACUAGCGUUGUAUAAACAAAUUAACUUUUCUUUAACUUAAUAAAAAGUUAACAAAAAGUGUGUAUUAACUUUUAACUUUUAACUUUUUGUUAUUGGUGCAUAUUAACUUAACUUAACUGAGUUAAAAAAAAAUCAUUAACUUGCCCAGCCCUGGUGAUACAGUUAUUGGAACUCUUUUAUUUAAUUUUAUCAUGUAUAUAAGUAUGUUUUUUUAAAUAUAUAAUUAUUAGUAUUUUUACUAUUAUUAUUGUAAUAUUUGAUAAGUGUUAACCACAGGCAAUAUAAAUUGUUUUCUUA